GAUCUCAUUUGGUAAAAAAUUGUUUUCGAAAAAAAUGCUUCCGUCGCCGCAAUAUUUCGCAACUUGUCCGUCGGGUAUUGGUUCUUUGGACGAUUUGAAUAGUCCUGCCUUGCGUGGCGACUUUUUGUGUUCGACAUCUAUUCCGGAAGCAGCUUAUUACUAUAGCGGAAUACAUCCUUUGUUUCGUAUGCACGGUAAUAGUUUAUGGCCCUUGCCAUUUAGUUCGCUAUUGAAGACAUCCCAUCGACCGGAGAAACCACCAUUUUCGUAUAUUGCACUGAUUGCAAUGGCUAUUAGCAGUGCACCUAAUCAAAGACUGACCUUAAGUGGGAUAUAUAAAUUUAUUAUGGAUAAAUUCCCAUAUUAUCGAGAAAAUAAACAAGGCUGGCAAAAUUCAAUUCGUCACAAUCUCUCUUUAAACGAUUGUUUUGUUAAAGUUCCCCGUGACAAAAACACCAUCGAUGAAAGUGAUGGCGUGGGUAAAGGUAGCUAUUGGAUGCUGGACUCAUCUGCCAAUGAUAUGUUCGAACAGGGCAAUUACCGCCGAAGGCGUACCCGACGGCAAAGACAAAGCUCCAAGUCAUUGCUUGGCGGUGAACAUGACCUUAUGUGCUCACCAAACUCCCAUCAGUCAGAUCUCCAGUUAUCUUUCAAUCCAACGACUGAUUUAGAUGCUCAUCAAUUUAGUGCACUCAAUUACACCGACCGCAUUACUGAACUACACCGACAGUAUUUAGCUUCAAUAGCUCCGUUUAACAUCCUUUUUCGCAAUAAUAACACAUCCACAUCAGCCUCCUGUAGUUCGUCCUCUGUCAAUUUCAAUGCCGGCCAACAUCAUAGUCGAGACUUUGACCUAGACACCCAAUCAACUCAAUCAGAUAACUCGUGUAGCAGCCCCAAAGUCCCCCAACAACAACAACCAUCCAGCUACACAUCUAUCAAAGGAUCAACGUCAUCGUCCUUCAGUAUUGAGAACUUAAUAAAGAAAGACUAACACUUUCUCAUAAAAAUAUAAGCUAGCGUACUAGUAAACGACGAUUGUGAAAGAUUGGCACAGCGGAGAAAUCGCUCGCUGGUGAGAAAUGAAGGCGAAUUAUUUUAACCCUCUUAAUGAGCUUUUAAUAGCCAAGGGGUCUGUCCGGUGUUGCGGAUUUUCACAUCACAAAAAAGCCCCUGCCGUCCAGUUUGACACCAAUAAUGCCACAAUUCCAGGAUAGAAUUUGAGGGAGUUCUUUUCAUAUCUAUAAAACCCCUUUCUUUUUGUGAGUAUGGCGCUGUAUCAAUUUAACUGGGAUGUAUCUCUUCUUCGUUCGACAGAGAGAUGAUUAAUCAAUGUCAUCACAAAAGCUGAUGGACUGAGGGCUGAUUGAAAAUGAAAAUAGAAGAACUGCCGCGCUAUUUAAUUAUGAGACAUUUAUAAGCCCUACGAGUUGAAAUUUUCCAUACACAAAUGACAAGUAGGACUGAGUGACAACACAAUUGCAACCUUUUUCUCCAUCCAUAACUCAUCUUCUAUUCUUUAUUGAUAAAAGGGAAUAAAUAAACAUUAAAUUCGUAUUUUUUUUUUUUUUUUUAUUUUGAUGUGAUAAUAUUGACGAUGAAGGAAAAUGGAAAUGCAAAACCCUCGUUUUUGAUAAUGAUGCCUCUACUUAAUCACUUGUUAUAUUGUAGCUCUAUUGAUAGAUAGUUUGGUAAUCUCUGAAAAUUUAUGCUAAA